AGAGUUCUGUUAUUUAAAUUCUAAGUCCAACAGGAAAAAGCUCGUGAUUUAACGUCCCUAGGAUAUCUCUUGAACUGCUGCCUUACUACUCACGCAUGGUUGCUACAUUGUCAACUUGUAUGAAGGAUAUCUCUUCCAUGUUGUUGCAAUUGUUGGAGGAGGAGUUCAACUUUCUGAUUAAUAAGAAGGAUCAAAUGAAUAUUGAAACAAAGAUAAGGAACAUUCGUUUUAUUGGAGAACUCUGCAAGUUCAAAGUUUCACCUACUGGUCUUGUGUUUAGCUGUUUAAAGGCUUGUUUAGAUGAUUUUACUCAUCAUAACAUUGAUGUUGUUUGCAAUCUUCUUGAGACGUGUGGCCAUUUUCUUUACCGGUCUCCUGAAACCACUAUGCGCAUGGCUAACAUGUUGGAGCUAUUGAUGCGCUUCAAAAAUGUAAAAAAUCUGGAUCCUCAUCCCAGUACCCUAGUGGAGAAUGCUUAUUACCUGUGCAAACCACCAGAGAGAUCUGCACGAGUCUCUAAAAAUCGUCCUCCUCUGCAUCAGGUCCUUGAGGAAGUCAGGCUGGGACUAGAGUUGAAUGACCAUGGGAUGCAGCAAUGACGCAUUGCCCAUAUGCGGUUCUUGGGAGAGCUAUACAAUUAUGCACUUAUAGAUUCAACAGUUAUUUUUGAUACUCUCUAUUUAAUUGUAGUUUUUGGGCACGGAACAGCAGAUGUAUGCAUGAUUUCUAGCUGAUCAGGCCUCUCUAUGGCAUAACCUGGUGAUGCCCUGUUUUUCCAUUUCUUUAAUUAAACAUUGAAAGCUAUUUAUUGAUAACUUGAUACAAGAAAAAAGACUAGAGUUGCAGAACUUCUUUAGGGGUCCAAAUCUUGAUUGGGACACCGGUGUUUGAUCUUGGGUUGUGUGCAG